CGUUGAAGCACUACGGCGUCACUGUUCUGAAGUGUACCUGCUAACCAGCCGGGACGUAUAAGGAUGACACUAUUUACCGCUGCUACACUGGCUUCCAUUGUGCCUACACUGGUGCAAGUUGCCAUCGGGCAACCCCUGGUUCCUCGAGCUCCUGGAUGCGACCGCUCAGUGCUGGCUGAGGCGGCUGACGCCUAUAUAGCCACCCAGACGGCAGGCAACAUUAGUUUGCUCCAGGGGGUUGUUGCUGAUGGCUGGGGAUACAUAGAAAACAACAAGAGAAGGAACGCAUCGGAGGGUGUGCUAAAGAAGGCGCUUACAAUCAACCACUGCCGGACCAACUUCGACCUGUUUGCAUGCGCAACUUAUACCGAAGUCAUUGUCACUGACCCGGCCAACCCCUAUGUCAUCGGGACCCAGAUUCACCACGACGCCGAUGGCCACGUUAAACUGAUUGACACCAUCUCCUCGACGACAAACUCGUGGCUGUUUGACGCCCAAAAAACUCUGGAAUACGUCCUGCAGGAGAACUGGGACCCGAUCCCGGAGGACAAGCGCGACAGCCGCGAGUUCAUCAAGGCUGCUGGGGAUGCCUACCUCGACAUGUGGAGCAACGAGACGGCUGAUGACGGUGUUCCCUGGGGAACGCCUUGCAACCGCUUAGAAGGUUCCGUGUACACGGGCAGGGGGAGGCCUCACGACUCUUGCAAGGCAGGCAUCCCGUCGAAUCACAGCCAAGCCCCAAAUACACACCGCCGCUAUGUCAUUGACGAGGCCAUGGGUUCAGUCAGCAUCUUUUGUCUCUGGGAACACAUGAUGAUGGCCGCUGACAGCCACGAAUUCCGCCUAGAGGGUGGUAAACUGCGAUAUGUACAUACAAUGACAGAAUGUGGAGGGCAGCGAUGUACCCUGUAGUUGAAAGACGCUUACAUUAAAAGGGCAAGGUGGGAAUGGACAAAUAUAGCCAUUUCUAGAAGGACUCUAAGGUUGUUUACUAUGGUAUGAUAAGUAAGUUUGACCCCCUGUCUGGGUAUCAACAGGGGGCCUGACAGACGGG